AUGGCCAGCUUCCGGCGCUCCUCAUUGCGACUGUUUUCACUGUUUGUUCGUUUGCCUUUCUACCCGGGACGUCGCCCCUUACCAGAAUUCGUUCACCCAGCAUUCAUCAAAUUCCAUUCAACGUCGCCGGCCCAUCGUAAUCAGAGAACUGAGUCACGGAGGAUCUCAUCGCCCCUCUUUGAUGGCUUCAUGGAGCCCGUCUGUCCCGGUGGGGUUGAUCCUUUGGUUUGUACACUUCCAAAUACCUGCCUCUUUCUGUCCCAUGCCUGUCCCUCUCUCUUCCUCAAGCUGGAUUCCCCUCUCCAACUGAACGAGACACGUCCUAAACUUCCCGUUGACCAACGCAUCAUCAACGUCCAGGAUCGCCAGUCAUACGUUUUCCGCAGCCGCACCCUCGGCGAACUCACGAGCAUGAAUAAGACGAGCCGCAGCCAAGUCACAUGGCGCCACACCGAUGUGGCCCUGAUGAAAGCCUUCCUCGUAGAGCUGGAACUGGACCGCCACACCAUUCGCUCUGCGGACCUAAGAGUCCUGGCGCGCCACAUGGACAUCGACGUCGACAGCCUUGACCGCGACCACCUGCAGGGCAUUUACGCAAAGAUGCGCUCGUCGAUGGAUUACAUGCUCAAGUGCCGCAUCGCUGCCGGAGACCUCGCAGUCGUCUUCGAUCCUCGCACGGAACGGAACAAGACGCGCUGGACCCCGCGGAUCCGUCGCUCCUGGAUGGAUGGCGUCGUUAUGCGUCCCCGACCCCAAGACGAGAUCGGAUCCCGAGUUGGCCCCGGGCAUGUCAAGGCCACAGCCGCCCUUGCAGUCGACACAGGGGCACCAGUCUCGUCCGCUCCUUUGAGUCCACAGUGUACGGCACCCCCAUCGACGCCCAGCAACAACGACAAGUCCUUGGAGGCUCCACUCGAUAUCCGUCUUCGGAUCCCCGGCCCACAAUCGGCAACCGACCGCCGGGCCCGGCGGAUGAUGGAGACGGCCGAAACGCCGCAAGACGCGUCCGCACCGACAAGACCUUUGCUCUCCGGGCGGCAGCAAGGCGGCGUGCUGCCCAACUGCCCAGCCCGACUAGAUGGAGGACGCCGCGCGUUUGCCUUUGAACAUCUGACGUCCUUCAGCCAGCAGCUCAGCGAGGUGGUCGAGGCGUCCGUCGCUCUCGCCGAGGAAUGCGACCGUCUCCAAGCCCUCGCCUCCUCAAAGGCGGGGGCGGAUCUGGCCCCCGGGCUGCGAGGAUAUUGCUGCGCCGUUGUCGUGCAGGGUCUCGCUGGUGUACCCGCGACCGGGGCCCCUCUCGGGUCGGCCAAGUUACAGCUACCACCUCGACGUUAUCGAGACGGUUCGGAGUGUCGAGGUUCUCGGGCGGAGGCUCGCUAG